CGUCUAUGAGCACCAGGCGCAAAAUAUGGAUAGAUCAAGAGGCUGCCCGCUUUUCAUCCUAGGCCAGCAUCAAUAUCAGUUUCCUCCUGGUCCCCAAACGUGCCUGGCCAAGCGCGAACAGAUUUUGCACCACAGCGCCCGUAGCAAGCUGCCAUGGUCGUUCAAGUCAUUGAGAGUCGCUACACCGUCGACUUUGACGUAUUAACCGCUCAUCUCAAAUCUAUUUACGACCCAGAACCUUUCGAGGUAAUCCCACCCGAUGAAGGCGAGAAAUGGAAGAUCAAGGUUCCACGAGAAUUGACUCGCGACCAGUUGAUAGAUCUGCAAAGAGAGUUCAAGAAGGCGCUUAAGGCUACCUAGCUGCCUGCAUGUGUUAGCCACUGCCCAGAUUCGUGGUGGCGAAGCUGCCCAUUUAAUGCCGACCGGUCAAUUUUCGCUGGAAGGAGACGCCUGGACUUACGAACCGUCCUUGACCACAGGCCUGCGUCCGUCUCAGCCGUUACUAUCGUGUAUCUACUAUUCACUGCCUUCGUCUGUAGAUUCAAAUGUUAAUAUCUGCACCUCCCAAGGUUUGCCUAACAACAAGUCCACGGAGCUGGUCACAGAAGAAAAGCAUGUAUCAAAACUCAUACCAAACCGGACAAAUAUAUCCUACUGAGCGAGACGAGUAUGCGAAUUGGGAGACGUACCCUCAGAAUCUUCAUGUGAGCCCAUUAGGGGUAGAUGCCUAUCGUAGCAGUCAUCAAAUAGACCGUCUGAGUAAGGAGCUGUUUGUCGCGAAUCAUGAAUCCUCAUUUGAUUUUCUGGCCAUGGACCCACCCAG